AGAGUAUCAUGAUAGUGAUUUCACUUUAAGUUUUUUGAUUUAACAUAGAUUUAAAGUAAGAGUUGUCAUGGCUUUGACUGCUGCGCAACUUUUGGAUGAACUUAUGGGUAAAGAUAGGAACUUGGUACCUGGAGAAAAAAGUUCACAAGUUCAUUGGUCACAUCCAGAUUGUUGUAAGUUCUUCCUCUGUGGAUUUUGUCCAUCAGAUUUGUUUACUAAUACAAAAGCUGAUCUAGGUCCUUGUUCUAAAGUACAUGAUGAACAACUUAAAGUAGAAUAUGAAAACUCUGAUGAGUAUGGUGAACUCGGGUAUGAAAAAGACUUCAUUCAUUUUCUAAGUAAUAUCCAGGCUGAUGUUGAACGCAAAAUUAGAAGAGGCCAUGAAAGACUUCUUAUGAAUAAAGCUAGAGAACAGGAACUUGCUGUAAAUGACAGUGAUAAAGUGAAGAUGCUGACUGAGCACAUUAAUCAAAUGCUGCAAGAGGUUGAACAACUUGGAUCUGAAGGAAAAGUUGAUGAAGCUCAAGGUGUUGCUAAAAUAGUAGAACAGUUAAAAGAAGAGCGUGAACAGCAUAAGCAAAACCCGAUUGCAGGUCAAGAAAAACAAAUGGAAGUUUGUGAGGUAUGUGGUGCAUUUUUGAUUGUUGGUGAUGCUCAAUCGCGCGUUGAUGAUCAUUUGCAAGGAAAACAACACAUGGGAUAUGCUAGAAUUAAGUCCACUUUAGAAGAUAUGAAGGAAAAACCAUGGUUGAAAAAAAAAAAAGAGAGAGAUCUUGCUAGAAAAGAUAGAGUUGAAGAUAAUAAAAGCAAAAAAGAUCGUCCUCGAAGUGUUGAAAAAGAAAGGUCACAAAAAGAGCGUACUCGAGAACGUUCGCGAGAGCGUUCGCGUGAAAAACGUCGUAGAAGCUCGUCAAGAAGCCGCGAUAGAAGAAGUAAAGAUCGUGAAAGGAGAAGAAGUCGAGAAAGAAGUGGACAUCGUGAGAGAAGCGAUCGCGAAAGAAGCGACCGUGACAGAAGCGAUCGCGACAGAAACGAUCGUGACAGAGGCGAUCGUGACAGAAGUGAUCGCGACAGAAGCGAUCGCGACAGAAGCGAUCGCGACAAAAGCGAUCGCGAUAGAAGCGAUCGCGACAGAAGCGAUCGCGACAGAAGAGAUCGCGAUAGAAGAGAUCGCGAUAGAAGUCGUGAUCGAGAGCGAAGUCGUGAUCGUGACUCAAAACGAAGAAGUCACAGAAGUAGAAGUCGCGACCGCGAUUCGAAGCGUAGAGAUCGGCGUAGAAGUCAAAGUUUAGGAAAAAAUAGUCACCGCAGUCGUAGUCGCGAACGAGAACGUGAUAAAAAAUAUCGUAAAAAUAGCAAAGAUCGAAGGUCGUCUAAUGAUAUAGAUGAUGAAAAGCCUAGAGACAAUAAAACCAUUCCAACAGAUGUUAAUGGUAAUACUUCAGACGGUAGUAACGCUAGUGAAAAAGCUAAUGGUCUAAGUAUGAUAGAUAAAGAAAAUAUUUCAGAUUUUAAAAAAAAUGAUAUAGACACGGAUUCAAAUAGUGAGAUGCAGUUAGAGGAACAAAAUAAAAAUUUAUUUCUUACUACAUUUUCGCAAGAUAUGAAGCCCGUUCAAACAAGUCUUAAUGAAACGGAAGUAAUGAGAACAUCCUCAGGUAGUGGUAAUGAUAGCCCUUUAGAUUUAGCUCACUAUGAAGAAGAGACCAUGUACAGUUAAUGCUAAACUUGGAAAAUAUUAAGCGAGUAUGUCAGAGAAACUCUUUGCAAAUCUUUUUUAAAACUAUUAAAGAGUUCUUGAAUCGAAAACUUAUUUUGCUAUUUGCUUGAUAUGUUUCUCUGAAAUGCUUUUCAUUCUACUGAGAAGACUGGAACCUUGUGAAGAUCUCAAAGGCAGCGCUUAAGGUACCGAUUCGUUUUCAAAAUAAUUUACGCGAAGUUGAUUUCCCUUACUCAACCAAUUGUUUUCAUUUUAAUUUCACAGAAAUGCUGAGGUUAAAAGAGGUAACCAACUCAAUUAUAAAGGUACUCAAUAUCAUGUAUCACUUUUGAAGUGUUUUAAGUUCAUUUUCUUUUACAAACUUUUAUUUUUAAAAUUCCAUGCUUCUUUUUUUUUCGCUUCUUUUUGUGAUCUUUCUUAAUAUCUUGAAAACUUCAAAACGUUUUUUUAUUAUCGAUGUCACCGAUUUUUUUUUUUUUUUUUUCUUUUGUUUCGAUAAAUUAAUUUUUAUGAACAUUUGUGUUGUAAUUGAUUGUAAUUAUGGACGUCAUUAUAAGUAAUAUUAUUGCAAA